AUGGGAUAAUCUUGUAAGAAAGCUUCAACAAUUGAGGAAAUAAAUUAUGAGAAAUUUUCCCCUCUCUAUGAUAAAAAUUAAUAAUUAGAAUGUGAACGCGAAUAUUAAUUUACUUCAUAUCAAGAAGAAGAAUAAAAUAGCAACAUGAGUAUGUAAAUUUUUAACUCAAAAUUAAAAGGAAUUUAACAAAGAAAAGGAAUGGAUUGUUAAAGUUAUUGAAUUAAGGGGAGCUAUACUAAGAGUUUCAAGAUAAUCUUAAAAUUCAAUAAAAUAAUUCAACAUAAAAUUUACAAAUUAUUCUGAAUGUAAAAAGAUAAUUUAUGUCUUAGAUAAAUUUAUAUUGUAAUUUUAAGAAGGAAGAAAUUAACUUUUGUUUACAAUAGAUAAAUGAAAAUAUAGAAUACAAAGAAAAUCUAUAAUUAAUUGGGAUAUAUAGAUAAUCUCCUUUAAAUUACCAUUUGAAAGAAAUUUGCUUAUUAUGUUCUUCAGAAAAUAUAGAAUGUUAUAGUUUAAAAUGUUCACAUAUAUUUUGCAAGGAUUGCUGGAGUUAAAUGAUAGAGAUUUAAUUAUCAAACUAUAUACCUAUUGUGAAAUGCUUACAAAAUUAAUGUUUAGAAAGAUUGCCUCAUUAAUUUUUGGAAUUAAACUAAUCUUAUAAGGAUAUAUUAGUGAAGAGAAUGUUAGAAAACGAUAAAAGUUAUACAUGGUGUCCUGGUAAAAAGAAGUAUAAUUAUUUUUUUAGGAAUUGAUUGUCCAAAUAUAUAUAAGGUUUAUCAAACUUCAUAGGAAUAUGAAUGUAAAUGUGGUGUAAAGUUUUGUUCUCAUUGUAAAAUAGAAAGUCAUUAUCCAAUUUCUUGUCAAAUAUUUAAAAAAAUUACAGAGUAUAAGGAACCUAUGUAAUCAUGGAUCAAACUAGAUAUUUCUCAAUGUCCUAAUUGUAAUAGGUAUAUACAAAAAAGUUAAGGUUGUAUAUAAAUUUAAUGUGUAUGUGGUAAUGAUUUUUGUACCAAAUGUUCAUUGGCUUGGAAUUAAGAACAUGGUACAGACUUUUACAAUUGCCCUUUUUAAGAUUAUAAUAAAAAUCCUUCUAAAUUAUUUAUUUAAAUGUCUAAGAAGGAAUCUUCAAUUACUAAGGUUCUUUCAGAAUUAGAAUAUUACUAAAAGUUACUAUGUUAAUAAAUAAAGGAUGUUUAUGAUGAUUAAGAUGAAAUAAGUGGUUAAAUAUUUGUUUAUAAAAAAAACUUGCAGAGGUUAAAGAAUUUUUUAAAAUUUGAGAAAAUGUAAUAAAUUAUUUAAAUUCUUUAGUGCAAUAUUUUUUAAUUAUUAUUUAAAUGAAAUUUUAGCUGAAAAUGAAUUAGAUCAUUAAUGUGAAAAAUAUUCAUUAGAAAUAAUAAAUUAUUAUAGAAUUCUGCAGAAUUAAGUAUUAGGAAUACUUUUCAAGGAAUAAAAAAUAGAAAAAAUGAGCUUCGAAAAUUUUUAAAAUAUUAUUUGCUAGAUGGAUUAAAAUUUGAAAAUCUAAAAAAAGUGUCUUAAAAAAGAAAUUAAGAGAAUUUAAGGAGAAAUGUUAUAAUAGACAAAAUGA